CUGCUGUUCGUCAGUUUUUAUCACCACCCUCAUUUUUAUCUAAUACCAACAUUGCAAUAACAAAGCGUUUUUGGACUUUUCCAUUACCAAAUAAAAACCUUCGCCUACCAACACCGUAUCACAUUUCAUUACCCUACCUUACUUUUAUUUAAAUAAUAUCCUUCCAACAUGCCUCCACACGCCAACUCAAUCCCCAACGUCUCCUCCAGCCCAUAUGCUCCCAAGUUCACAGACUCGCUCUCCCGUCUGACAAAUUGGUCCAUCAUUGAAUCUACAUUGCGGGAGGGUGAACAAUUCGCAAACGCCUUCUUUGACACCGCAAAGAAGAUUGAGAUUGCCAAGGCCUUGGAUGAUUUCGGUGUCGAAUACAUUGAACUCACCUCCCCUGCUGCCUCUGAACAAUCCCGCCAGGACUGUAUUGCCAUCGCCAACUUGGGUCUCAAGGCCAAGAUCUUGACCCAUGUUCGCUGCCACAUGGACGAUGCUCGCAUCGCCUGCGAGACUGGUGUAGAUGGUCUUGAUAUCGUCAUUGGUACUAGCUCCUACCUCCGUGAGUUCAGCCACGGAAAGGAUAUGGAGCGCAUCAUCAAGGAUGCGACCGAGGUCAUCAACUUUGUAAAGUCUAAGGGUUUGGAAGUCCGUUUCUCAUCCGAGGAUUCUUUCCGCUCAGAUUUGGUCGAUCUCUUGAACCUUUACAAGGCUGUUGACCAGCUCGGCGUUAACCGUGUUGGUAUUGCUGAUACAGUCGGUUGCGCCAACCCUCGUCAGGUCUAUGACCUUGUCAAGACCCUCCGUUCCGUCUUGAAGCCUACCACUGACAUUGAAUGUCACUUCCAUAAUGACACUGGAUGCGCCACUGCUAAUGCAUAUGCUGCCUUGGAGGCUGGUGCUACACACAUCGAUACCUCAGUUUUGGGAAUCGGUGAACGCAAUGGCAUCACACCCAUCGGAAAUUUGAUCGCCCGUAUGUACACCGUUGAUCCAGACUACGUUGCUUCCAAGUAUAAGCUCACCCAGCUUCGUGAUCUCGAAAACUUGAUUGCAGAUGCUGUCGAGAUCCAAGUCCCCUUCAACAACUGCAUCACCGGUUACUGUGCCUUCACCCACAAGGCCGGUAUCCAUGCCAAGGCCAUCCUCAACAACCCUGCCACCUACGAGAUCCUCAAGCCUGAAGUCUUUGGCAUGACUCGUUAUGUCUCCAUCGGUCAUCGUCUCACAGGUUGGAACGCUGUCAAGAACCGUGCCGAACAGCUUGGAUUGGCCCUGUCUGAUGAUGAACUCAAGGCCAUCACUGGCAAGAUCAAGCAGUUGGCUGAUAUUAAGAACCAAAGCAUGGAAGAUGUCGAUGGUCUUUUAAGAAAUUUCCAUGCCUACAAGGUUGCUGGUGAUCACUCGGCCAUUCAGAAGCUCUUGGUCGUUGAGCAGGCUGAUGCUAGCCCUACCCCAGCACCUAUUGAAGUAGCAGUCAACUAAACAUAAAAUAACCACCUCACGCAUUUGUAAAAGCACUCACAUAUCAACCAUACCUGC